AGGAAAGCCCAUAAUAUAUUGGGCCGGAGAUCCAUAGAUACAUAUAUAAGUGCGGUAGAAGGUGAAGGAAGUGGUGUGUGUGUCUGUUGGUAUUCAGAAACGAUGAAGGGAGAAGGAGAAGCAGCAUGCUCUGAAAGAGAAAGGAACUUUAACUUAAUGGCCAAAACUGAACUCUGCCGGAGAUUCAAAAAAGGCGCCUGCGCUCAUGGCUCCAAAUGCAACUACGCCCACUCCACCGCCGAGCUCCGGCGUCAACCCAAAUUCUGCAGAUUAUUCCUUCAAAACAAACACUGUCCCUACGGACGCACUUGCCGCUACAUCCAUUCCACUUCCGCCACUCCUUUUCCAGAAUUAGAGAAAUUUGAUCGGCACUCUUGUGCAGAAUACCAGAGAAUGAAAACUUAUGUGGCUGCUCCAAGUGAUGGCUACCCUUCUGCAGAACACAGGAUAAUGCAAACUUCUGCUGCUGCUGCUGCAAAUGUUUCAACUAGCUCUUCGCAAAAGAAUGAAGCAAUACCAUCAUAUGCUGUGAAGCGCAGAUUCAAGGAUAACGAGUUACAGAAGAUCAGUCGCAUCUAUGCGGAUUGGAUAUGAGAUGCGCCCUGUUCAACAAACUAGCUGAACUAGUGGAUAACAACACUAAAAACUAAAAACUAAAAACAGCUUUUUUUUAUAGAAGGGUAAAAAUUCAAGAAUCAAGAGUUUUGCUUCACUACCAGUUUGACCGGGUUUGUUUUGAGGAAUAUGGUUCCGUUUUACUUUCAGUAUUUCAUGCAGACAUUAGAAAGAUAUACAUAGAUCUCUUUGUACAUUCAUGGCAAUGGCCCUCUGUUAUACCCCUUUACGAUUACAAAAAAACUUCAAAGAAAUUAAAAUCAUAACCAGUUCA